AUGCCCGCUCGUUUGGACCGUUCAAAUGGUCGCUCAAGGGUCCUCCCGAGGUCAAGGCUAGGAUGCAAAACUUGCAAAAUUCGACGAGUCAAGUGCGGAGAAGAAAAGCCCAGCUGUGUUCGAUGUACCAGUACAGGUCGCAAGUGUGACUUUGAAGACACACCACCCUCUUCCACAGUCUCGGUUAUCGCCAACCCAUUAUCACUAUCACCAAACACCAAUAAGGUGUGGCGAGAGCGACGUGCAUUUGCUUACUAUUUCGAAUAUGCUGCCCCCUCCAUCGGCGGGGGAUUGGAUGUUGAUUUCUGGCGCACUGUCGUCCCACAGGUCUGCCGCUAUGAACCUGCUGUGUGGGAUGCCAUUAUCACCAUUAGUGCGCUAUUUGAGUGCCCCAAAGCAUGCCUGGAUCCCGCGUCACAACGCCGUGGUAGUACUAUUUAUCUGACGCAGAAUCAUCAAGACGCCUUAGGCUGGUACUCACGCUCGGUAUCCGCUGUUCGUCGGCGUAUUGAGCAGGGUAGCGUGGAUGCCUUUGUUGGACUGAUCAGUUGUGUCCUUUUCAUCUGCAUCGAGGCUAUCCAGGGAAAUGCAGACGGGGCAAUGCAGCUCUAUAGUCAAGGUGUGCAGCUCAUCAUCGCUUUACGUCCCCAAAUAGCGUCCGGGGCUGCGAGUCAAGCUUCCUUGCUAGAGGAUACGAUUAUCCCAAUAUUUCUCCGUCUGGGAGCAUUCGCUCUCGCCGGCGGCGGGGCUCCGGUAACUGCUUCACUACGAUACUCUGAACUUGCCUUGACGCAACAGUUUGACACACUCAAGUCUGCUCGGGAGGCGAUCAUGCUCUUAGCUAUAGAAAUCCCCGUUUUUGAACGCGCCUGCACCGAACACUUAAUGGGGGCUAAUACCCCCAAUGUACCGGAGGAAUUCAAUACUAAACUAUUCAGUCUGAUGACCAGACUGAGGAACUGGCGUACUGGCUUCGAUAAGUUGAUGAGAGUGCUUCGUGCUAAAGACAUGUUAUCGCUGCAACAGAUUGGUACUGGUGCCCUUCUGUUGAGUUAUCAUGAUAUGCUAUAUGUCAUGCUUGAGACCUGCACAUCAUUGUCAUUGAUGCAAUUCGACGCUUAUCUCCAAAACUUCCAAAAUAUCGUUGAACAAUGUGCGAAUGCACCUAAAGCUUCGGUGCGACCAGACGGCACCCAGCCUCCAUUUACCUUUGAAGUCAAUGUUGGCCUUCCACUCUGGUUUACCAGUCUCCGAUGCCGUGAACCGCGUACCCGACGCGCGGCACUGACUCUACUCUACCAAGCGCCCACAGUGCAAGGAUUUUACCAGUGCUCAAUCUGGGCAGCCUUAGGGCGAACGAUCAUGGAGAUAGAAGAAUCCCGGGCAAUGGCGAUGAAUGUAGCCCAUCAUACAUCCAAUCUUAGUGCACUGGAGCCAUCAGGUGGACCAAUUCCCGGCUCCGAACUUGCCCCAAUCUCAUAUUAUGCUCAUACGGAUAUGGGACCUAGAAUACCAACAGCACUGCUUAUCCCAGAGGAGGUGCGCAUUGGACCAAUUGCUGCUUUUCGGCCAAUGGAUGGUUUUCCUCCUGGGACUACGGAGGCAGAUAUUGUGAAGUGGAAUCGCGGCCCUGACCAACUCUUUCUGCGGUUUUCCCGGAAUCUGACCGGCGAUUCUUGUCGGAUAGUGUACGAAUAUGCUCCUCUUGACUUUUGA